AUGACUACUUCAACAAAAAAAUUCAGUAGUUUUUUUCCUAAUGAAACCGAUAAAAUUAAACAUUCAAUUGCCGGUGCUGUUGCUGGUUGUGUCAGUUCUAUUGUAACGUGUCCUCUGGAUGUAGUCAAAACAAGGCUACAGAAUCAGGGCAAAGUCACUCAUGAUCAAAGGGUACCUCCGUAUCGUGGCACUGGAAAAACUCUAAAACGUAUAUGGAUAGAAGAGGGAAUUCGAGGACUUUAUCGUGGUCUUGGACCUACAUUAUAUGGUUAUCUUCCCACAUGGGCUAUUUAUUUCAGUGCAUAUGAUUAUUUCAAAUCUGUAUUAGGAGAGAGAACAGGAGAGAGAACAGGGCGAACCGCGGAUCACCAAUGGGUAGUGCAUAUAUUCGCGGCCAUGGGCGCAGGUGCCACGAGUACUAUAGUCACUAAUCCAUUGUGGGUGAUAAAAACACGGUUCAUGACGCAGAACGAGACAACUUCAUACAUGUAUAGGAAUACAUUUCACGCUUUUUCUACCAUAUAUGAACAAGAAGGUUUUAAAGGCUUUUACAAAGGCCUUGGUCCUUCAUUAAUGGGUGUAAGUCAUGUAGCUGUACAAUUUCCUUUAUAUGAAAAGAUGAAAGUUUGGUUAAAAACCCCUGAUAAAGAAUUAUCUAAUUUAUCAAUUUUAUUCGCAUCUUCCGUCUCAAAAAUGGCUGCCUCUAUAGCAACUUAUCCACAUGAAGUAGUUCGUACAAGGUUACAAAACCAAACUUGUAAACCAUUUAAAUAUCUAGGAAUAUGGCAUGCUGUUAAAGUAAUAAGCCAUGAAGAAGGUUUUUUGGCUUUUUAUAAGGGAAUGUCAACCAAUCUUUUAAGAACUGUACCAGCAAGUGCUUUAACUAUUUUAACAUAUGAAGUUUUGGUCAGAAAGUUAAAUGCGAAUUCUGAUAGAAGUGGUUGA